GGCAGGUAGACUUUCGAUUCGACUAGUCUGCUGGCAAUAGUUUUGUUUUGCGUUUGUUUUAUUUUUUAAGUGAAGUAAAUUCCUUCAAAGUUUGUUUUUUUUUUUACUUUUUUUUUUUAUUAUUGAAAAACUGUGAAUAUGUGUUUUAUUUCGGAAAAACUCUAAAGCACAUAAGCAUUUUAAAAUGCAGGAAUAUCAAUUAGUUCCUCCAGAUGGAGGGUGGGGAUGGUUGGUACUUUUUGGAUCAACUUUAGUUAAUAUACUAAUUCCAGGAACAAUUAAGAGUUUUGGAGUUUUAUUUGUUGAAUUUUUAGAAACUUUCGAAGCAUCGCCAGCUGCUGCAGCCUGGAUUCCGGCCUUAUGUUAUUUCUUAUACAGUUCCUUAGGUCCAGUAUCAAGUAUACUUUCAGUGAAAUAUUCGUAUAGAACUGUAACUAUAAUUGGAGGCACAUUUGCGGCAGUUGGAAUGAUCAUUUCAUAUUUUGCACAAUCUGUAACAUUUUUAUAUAUAAGUUAUGGGGUAUUCGUUGGCACUGGAGCCGGUCUUUCAUUUCCACCUACCGUGUAUAUUGUAACAUCUUAUUUUGUUAAAUUAAGGGGGCUUGCAAAUGGGGUUUGUAUAUCUGGUAGUGCAUUUGGUUCUAUACUUCUUCCACCAAUAUUAAGAUACCUACUUGAAGAAUAUGGCUAUAGAGGAGCUGUUUUAAUUAUGGGAGGCGUAACAUUAAAUGUUUGGAUGGCCGCACUUUUUUAUGAACCAGUAGAGCAGCAUAUGAAACGUGUCCCAGUAACAAAAAAGACUUUGGAGGAUAUAGAAGAGGAAGAUGCUGGGAUUGUAUUACAAUUUGAUGCAAUAGACGCAGGUGAUAUAAUUCACGAAGAGAACAAUCGUCCAAAUACACCUAAUUCGGUCAUUAAUAAAGGUCAAUUACCAAACGAUAUUAAAAAUUUUGAUAACAAUUUUAUAAGAAGUGCUUCUGCAGCUGUAGUUCCAAAUUUAGAUAAAAGUAAUUCUAGAAAAAUUAGUACUCCUAUUAAAGUUCCAAUUCGAAAUCCAACAUUUACAACAACUGAAAUGACAUCAACUCCUUCUCUAAAUGCAUUUCGGGAAAGAGGCAUGUCGAGUAAUAAAUUAAGUCGGCUUAAUUCAAGGGGUGGGCUUGGAAAACCCUCACCAUCUACUAGUAGUUUUCAAUAUAUCAGCACUCCAUAUCACGGUAGCACAUUAUCCUUUCAACCUAAUCAAUUUAGCUCUCACUUGUCUUUGAAGUCAAUAGCAAGUUCAACAAAAGGUGAAGAACAUGAAGAAAUGUUUCCAGUGGAAGAAAAACCAGAGGAAAAAAAAGAAAAAUUUUUUGAUUUAUCAUUAUUAAAAGAUCCACUUUACUUAAUAAUAUUAAUUUCGAAUAGUACUAACGCUAUUAGCUACACUAAUUUCAUAAUACUCCUACCUGCAUACGCCAUUUCUCUAGGGUUUGAUAAAUCAUUGUCAGCUUAUUUGAUUUCAAUAGUGUCAACCACCGAUUUAAUUGGUCGAAUAGGUGGUUCAGCUUUGUCGGAUCUACAAUUUAUACCAAAAACUUGGUAUUUUAUAGGAGGAUUGGCUUUGUCUGGAGUGUCAUUAUCGCUUUUGCCUUUAACUGAGACAUAUGCAAUGUUAGGGUUUUGCUGUGCUGUGUUUGGGUUAGCUUCUGGAACCUACGUCGGCAUAACUGCAGUCAUAAUGGCUGAUUUGCUCGGAACUGAAAGGCUUACAUCUUCAUAUGGAAUUAGUCUGUUUGUCAAUGGUGUAAUUCAGUUAAUUGGUCCUCCAUUAUGUGGGGUUUGGUAUGAACAAAGUAAAACGUACGUUCCUCUCUUUACUACACUUGGAAUAACGCUUGUCUUAGGUGCAAGUUUAUGGGGUUUAUUACCUUUUAUUAAGAGAAAAAAUGACACAAAUGAAAGCCAAAGUAAUUAUAAUGAUGUAGAAUAGUAUUUAGUUUUUUUUUCAUAUUUUUACUUAACAGUAAGUAGUGCUUAAUUAAAGUACUUAAAUAGUGAAUGCAAAAAAUAAUUGAAACAGCAUAAAUUAUAUUUUUAAAUAAGACGAAUUUUAUAAAAACGUACUUCAUUGAUAUGUAUACAUCACAAAUUUCAUAUCGAAUAAAUACACUCAAUAGGUAUUUUGUAAUUAAAAAUUAUAUUUUUUUUUAAAUGAACGCUCAAAAGGACUUUUCAAUAUUCAUGUAGUUAAUUUUUAUCAGAAAAUUACCGCGACAUUCAUAGAUGAAGGAUUUGAAAAAGUAUAUUUAUUUACAUAUAUUUUUAUUUGAAUAUUAAAAGAUUUAUUAAUGAAGAUUGACGAAGAUGUUUUCUAGUGUCUUAUACAAAUAGUGAAUUAUACGUAUUUUUAUAUAUACUAAAUUUAAUCAUUCAUAGAAUUUAUUUUUACAAUUAUUAGCGGUAAUAAAAAUAUUUAGAAUGUUUUAGUAAAAAAAAAUUAAGAUCAAGGCUGUUACUCAAUGUGUAAAACUAUUGAAAAACUAUAAAAAUGAAAGUAUGUAUUAUUUAUUCACAACAUUAACUUUUAAAAAACAAUUUUUUUGUGUUGAUGUCAGAGUACAAUAAAGUAAAUA